GACUUCCGAGCCGGAAAUUCAAAAAACGGAGAAUUAGAAACUUGCGAGUCUUUCCUGUUUUAAAAGAGAAACUCGCUCUCUCUGACUCGGACGUGAAUUCUCCGAUCGGCUUGAUCGUACGGGACCCAUAGCCGAGCGUUCCCUGCGCGCUUUUGGGUAAUCCCGGCUGCUUCUAAUGAAUGAAUUCGGGGAAAGGGCUUGGAAGCUCUGGCGCGUUUUUCAACCAUCCUUUCGCCGCAGCCGCCUUCCCUACAACUAAUCUACAACUCCAGCUCAAAACUUUUUUCCGCCCCCCCCCCCCCCCCCCCGGGAGCCGCAAUCGAGAGAUUUUAACUCCUAAGAAAACGUUUCAUCAUGGGUGACGACAACAAUGUGGCAUUUCGCCAGCAGCUACUAUCAAUUGAUGAAAACUUAGGGAAGGACGAUGUAGAAGAUAUGAAAUUUCUCUGUUCUGAUUUCAUCUCGUUCAAGAAGCUGGAAACAGUGACAUCAGCCCGGGAUAUUUUCCAAUUUCUCAUCAAUGAAGACUUAAUUAAUAAGGAUGAUACUUUUCUCAUAGCGGAGCUUCUCUACAUUAUUGAGCGUUACGAUCUGCUCCAGAAACUUCGUUAUACUAAAGAGAUGGUUCAAGAAAAACUGCAUAAGGAAGGAAAAGUAUCUGGUUAUCGACAGUUGCUGUAUGAAAUAACACAAGGCCUCACAAAGGAUGAUGUGAAGACUGCUGCUUUUCUUCUGAGGGAUGACCUCCCAAAGAAACAAUCCAUUAUGUCAGCUUCGGAGUUGCUGACUUCCCUGGAGAAGAAAGGCCUUCUACAGGAGUCAUACCUGGAUAUUCUUGAAUAUAUCUGCGAGAAAACAGCACCUUAUCUUCUGAAGAAAAUAGAGAUGUACAAAGAAGGGGAAGUGCUUCCUCAAGGAAUCAAAGAAACUGUUCCCUCUUCUGUUCGUGCCUUUAACAAACCAACUUUUGGAAGUACUUCACUGCAGGAUCCUGUUCUGCCAAAGAAUCACGAUGUCAACGCAGUGCCUUUGCCUUGUUCCUUGGGACAGAAGUUACCACAAACUGCCGGAGAGAAUGAUACGAAUGCUGAAGCCGUGAUGUUAUCUCAGUAUAAAAUGGAUGGGCAGUGCAGAGGAUAUUGUCUUAUUAUUAACAAUGUCAAUUUUGAAGGUUUUCUCAAAGAAAGGAAAGGAUCGGACAAAGACGCCAUGGAGCUGAAACGUGUGUUUACCUGGCUUGGAUUCCGAGUGGAAAAGUAUGACGACAAGACUUCUACAGAAAUUGAAGAAAUCUUGAGGUUUUGGCAGUCUUCCAGGGAUUGGAAAGACAGUGACUGUUUGGUGUGCUGUAUUCUAUCUCAUGGAAAAUCUGGGGAAAUUUUUGGGACAGAUGAACGUCUGAUUCCAAUCCGUACCAUCACAUCAUACUUCAAAGCCAACAACUGCCCAUUGUUGGCUCAGAAACCCAAGCUCUUCUUCAUCCAGGCCUGUCAAGGUGAAAGGAUACAGCAACCAGCCUAUCUCCAAGAAGACUCCGGCUAUGCUGUCUCAUUUGAACCAGAUGCCCAAAGUUCAGGAUAUGUGUCUUCCCAACAGCUGACCUCAACUAUUCCAGAUGAAGCAGAUUUCCUGCUUGGCAUGGCCACUGUGGAUGGAUAUCUCUCUUUCCGGAAUAUACAUGAAGGGGCAUGGUACAUUCAGGCUCUUUGCAGUAAGUUGCAGCUCCUGGUGCCAAGAGGUGAAGAUAUAUUAUCCAUUCUUACAGCAGUCAAUGAAGAAGUGAGCAAACGGGCGGAUGCUCAGUGCAAAAGGAAACAGAUGCCCCAACCAGCUUAUACUCUCAGGAAAAAAUUGAUCUUCCCUGUGCCUAACGAACCUUUGGUACCAUCAGAGCAGAGUUCAGACAUGCAAUAAUUUAGAUUGCUGGGGACAGAGGGAGAAAAGAGUGGUGAGUUCAGAAAGAACUCUUCUCUCUUGUUUUCCUUCAUUCUUUGUUGUGUUUUGAGCAGGAAUUCUGUUGAAGAGGAAUAACUAUUCCAUUUGAUGUUUAAGUUGAAGAAACAUGCACUUUCCCCAUCUGCCGCUCAUUUCAUAUGUUAAAAAAUGAUUUGUAUGAUCAGCACAUUUCUUAAGCAAGCCUUCUUUUCUACAGCUGAAGGGUAUCAGCUAUGGUCUAACUAGGUUUGCUUCAUUGGGAAGGAAUAGACUGCAGAAUUAUUGUUGCUCAGGGAUAUAUCUCCAAUCCCAGGAACCUUUGUGGGUUUAGCACAAUGAGAUCUUUUUUAAUACUACCACAAUACAUAAAUUAAUAUGUCUUUCAGCUAUUAAAUACAGUGGAUACUCUGCUAUAUUUAUUUAAUGCUUACUGAGGCAGAGAAGAUGCAGUUUGCAGAAGCCUUGAUUGCAGAUAUUGCCUAAGUUCCAAGUCUCUCCAA